UUCUGAUUGGUCCACCUGGAAGGAAGUAGGCAGCGAAAGCGUCGCUUCUGUUAUUGUCCAGAAGCUGCAGGGCUCGUUUCUGGCAUGAUGGCGCAAAGGGCCUUCCCGAAUCCUUAUGCAGAUUUUAACAAAUCCCUGGCCGAAGGCUACUUUGAUUCUGCUGGGAGGCUCACUCCUGAGUUCUCACAACGCGUGAACAAUAAGAUUCGAGAGCUUCUUCAGCAAAUGGAGAGAGGCCUAAAAUCAGCAGACCCUCGUGAUGGCACUGCUUACACUGGAUGGGCAGGUAUCGCUGUGCUUUACUUACACCUCUAUGAUGUGUUUGGGGACCCUGCCUACCUGCAGAUGGCACAUGGCUAUGCAAAGCAAAGUCUGAACUGUUUGACCAAGCGUUCCAUCACCUUCCUGUGCGGGGAUGCGGGCCCCCUGGCAGUGGCUGCUGUGGUGCAUGACAAGAUGAACAAUGAGAAGCAGGCAGAAGACUGUAUCACCCGGCUAAUUCACCUAAAUAAGAUUGACCCACAUGCUCCAAAUGAAAUGCUCUAUGGACGAAUGGGCUACAUCUAUGCUCUUCUCUUUGUGAAUAAGAACUUUGGAGUAGAAAAGAUUCCUCGAAGCCAUAUUCAGCAGAUUUGUGAAACAGUCUUAACCUCUGGAGAAAACCUAGCUAGAAAAAGAAACUUCACAGAAAAAACUCCACUGAUGUAUGAAUGGUACCAAGAAUAUUAUGUGGGGGCUGCUCAUGGCCUGGCAGGAAUUUAUUACUACCUGAUGCAGCCCAGCCUUCAAGUGAGCCAUGCGAAGUUACAGAGUUUGGUCAAGCCUAGUGUAGAUUAUGUCUGCCAGCUGAAAUUCCCUUCAGGCAAUUACCCUCCUUGUGUGGACGACACUCGAGAUCUGCUAGUCCAUUGGUGCCACGGUUCCCCUGGGGUAAUCUACAUGCUCAUUCAGGCCUAUAAGGUGUUCAGAGAAGAACGGUAUCUCAAUGAUGCCUACCAGUGUGCCGAUGUGAUCUGGAAGUACGGGUUGCUGAAGAAGGGGUACGGGCUGUGCCACGGCACUGCGGGGAACGCCUAUGCCUUCCUGACCCUGUUCAACCUCACGCAGGACAUGAAGUACCUAUAUAGGGCUUGUAAGUUUGCUGAGUGGUGUCUAGAUUAUGGAGAACAUGGAUGCAGAACACCGGACACUCCUUUCUCCCUCUUUGAAGGAAUGGCUGGAACAAUAUAUUUCCUGGCUGACCUGCUAGUGCCCACAAAAGCCAAGUUCCCUGCAUUUGAACUAUAAAAGGAGAGUCUGCCCCCUGCAACUCACUGCAUGAGCAUUUCUGUAUAUCAAACCAUGAUUAAAGCAACAGUAGAACCAAA